UCCUACUGGUGAGCCACUUCCUCCUACUGGUGAGCCACUUCCUCCUACUGGUGAGCCACUUCCUCCUACUGGUGAGCCACUUCCUCCUACUGCAUGGCGGGGACAUUCUUGUGACCAAAGCCCGGCUCUGAGCUCACGACUCUGAGAUGGCUGCGGAGGUGACGCCGCCAACGAGGGUGACGAUGAUACGACUGGCCACUUGAAAGCUACAUGUGCUCUUAUCCUGCACAAGUGUUGGAAUGCUCUCCAGGAGAUACUGGACGUGCCAGGAUGAGCGUAUAAAGGAGGCUUCCCACGCCACACCACCACUUUGCACUGGAAGGUACCAUGAGACUGCUGGUCCUGUGGGGACUGCUGCCCCUCUUGGCCUACUCACACCUUUUGGGACGGACUUCUACCGAUGAUGACCUGGCUCAGAUCAAGUCCUUGCUGGAGCGCUUGGAGGAGACCAUGUCCCAGGUGGCCCAGGAGGAAGACUCUGAACCAGACUACGGAGCGGCCAACCGGGAAGCGGUGUGGGACGCGGAGCAGCAGGACCGAGACCGGGACCCCGUGACGCCGGACCGAGCCUCGCCGCUCUCUGAAGCCCAGAGCCGGGCCAUGAGUCAGAGGAGCCGCCUCAUGGACCUCCUGCUGAGCGCCAGGAAGCGCACGUCAGGCUGCUUCGGCGCCAGGAUGGACCGCAUCGGCAACGCCAGCGGACUGGGCUGCAACAACGCCAAAGCAGGCUAGGCUGCCUCCAUUUCCCUGGAAGACACCUGGAUGUGCAACAUCUGGAUCAUCACACCUG